UCAAUCAAUCACUAGAAACCAACAACCUUAGAAGAGGACAUUGCUGUAUUAUUACCACCCACCAACCCUUAAUUCCCAUCUUCAUCACCAUCUCCAAUUUCUAGGGUUCCUUCAUCCCCAACCUUUUUAGGGUUUUACAUUUUUUUGCAGAGGAAGACGACGACAAGAAGAAGCUUCCCCAAAAGAAUUUCGAAAUUUGUGCUUUCUUCAAGCUUAUAGCUAGCUCAAGAAAAGUUAAUUACAUUUUCAGCUUCUUACAUAUACCUUGUUUUGUUUGAGGAUAAUAUAUCAGUUUCAGACAAGACGAUCAAUCGAUCCAUCCAUGGGGAUCUGCUUCAGCAACCAAAUCAAGGCUGAGAGCCCUUUCCACACCUCCACAGGCGUACCGUCGUCUAGAAUAGUCUCCGGCGACGGUGACGGCACAUCGCCGGCGCCGGCGGCGCCGCCGGCGGCUCCCCGGAGCGAAGGGGAUAUUCUACAAUCAUCGAACUUGAAAAGUUUUACAUUCGGAGAACUUAAGGCAGCAACGAGGAAUUUUCGUCCAGACAGCAUACUAGGUGAAGGAGGUUUUGGAUCUGUUUUCAAAGGUUGGAUUGACGAGCAUACGUUGGCGGCGUCGAGGCCCGGAUCGAGCAUGGUCGUCGCCGUCAAACGGCUCAACCAAGACGGGUGGCAAGGGCACAAGGAAUGGCUGGCUGAGAUCAACUAUUUAGGACAGCUUCGACAUCCGAAUCUUGUGAGAUUAGUCGGAUAUUGUCUCGAAGACGAUCAUAGACUUUUAGUCUACGAGUUUAUGCCCAAGGGUAGCAUGGAGAAUCAUUUAUUUCGAAGUAAGUUAAAACCGCGUGAAUAUAUAUAUAUGUAUGUAUUUGUUCGGGUAUGUUAUACUGAGGUUAUUACAGGGGGGUCUUACUUCGAACCAUUGUCGUGGAGCUUAAGAUUGAAAAUUGCGCUUGGCGCCGCUAAGGGGCUUGCGUUUCUACAUGGUGCCGAGACAACAGUAAUUUAUCGGGAUUUCAAGACUUCUAACAUCCUUCUUGAUUCGAGCUACAAUGCGAAACUUUCGGAUUUCGGGUUGGCGAGGGACGGUCCUACCGGUGAUAAAAGCCAUGUCUCGACUAGGGUCAUGGGAACUUAUGGAUAUGCCGCGCCUGAGUAUCUAUCCACAGGUCACUUAACUACGAAGAGCGACGUAUACAGCUUCGGCGUAGUUCUUCUGGAGAUUCUAACCGGUAAGAAAGCGAUCGACAAGAAUCGACCCACGGGAGAGCACAAUUUAGUCGAGUGGGCCAAGCCGUACCUAACGAACAAACGUCGAAUUCUCCACAUUCUCGACGCCCGUCUCGAUGGCCAAUAUUCAACGACCCAAGCCGUGAAAUUGGCGAACCUCGCUCUACAAUGCCUGUCGAUGGACGCCCGGUCGAGGCCCAAUAUGGACGACGUCGUUACCGCCGUCGAUCAGCUCCACAACGGCAAGGAUGCGGCCAAGAAGGGCCAUCGGAUAAAUCGGCACGGCCAAUCGGCCGCCACCGGAAAUAAGUCGUCGUGGCGGAGCAAUGCCGCCGGAAAAAAGCGCGCCACCACCGCCGCGGCGGCGGCGGCGGCGGCCUAUCCGAGGCCUUCUGCUCUUUAUGCUUAAAGAAGUUUAUUUUUUUUCAAUUUUUAUUUUUUAAAAUUUUUUUAAAUUUAUGUAUGAUGAUGUUUGUACAGUUUGGCAUUUCUGGUAAAUGAUUCUGAGAGGUGUUUGGAA